AUGCUGUCCUUUAUGAGAGCCCCCCACCCGCCACGUACAAAUAGUGCGACCAACAAUCCGAUAUUCUAUGAGAAUGGACGGUCGUCUGUCUCAUUCUCCGCACCUGGAUCGGAGUACAUCAUGACGCAUCGUUUACCGCCGACAACCCAGGAGAAUGGAGUAUCCAUAAUACAGCCGCCGUUUCACUAUCAUAUAUACCAAGAUGAAUUCUUCCGGCUUCAAUCUGGGAAAGGGAACUUUUUUCGAGGAGUGGACCCUAAGCCAUUCGUCACCUUGUCGGAUGAGCCCGAUGGCCAAACAACAGCUUCCGUCAAAGCCGGUACCUAUCACCGGUUCGAGAACGCAAGCAAGUCUGAGGAUCUUGUUGUGGACAUUCACUUGACACCGGAAUCCUAUGAAAAUGAGCAAAGGUUCUUCCGCAACUUCUUCGGAUAUUUAGACGAUUGCAAAAGUGCCGGAAUGCAACCCAGCGUCUUUCAGCUGUUUGUGUUCCUUCAUAGUGCGGACACACCACUUGCCGUGCCGAUUUCUUGGCAACCCUUCGGAAGAAUUGCGAGUAGAAUACUUCUGACUGCUGUGGCGUUUUGGGGACGUUGGAUUCUGGGGUACAAGCAGACUUACGCGGAAUAUUACCGAUCGGAAAAGCGCGAGUGA